AUGACAGUUGGACAUAAACUGCCUGCCGUCAUUCUAUUUGGAACUUGUACUGAGAACGGUUCAGUGUUAUGUUUAACUUUCGAGCUUCUAACAAUUCAUUUUCUCCAGUCGAACGACACCAGGAUCACACGAGGAUCAUGGAUUGAACCUCAGUCUCAGGUGAGUUGUAUAGUCGCCAUGGCUGCGGCUCCCAGAAUAAUCAAGUCUAGUGGUAUCAGAUUGAGAGCUACUUCGAGGACAGCUAUUGGUGUAUGCGACGUGGCUGGUGGGGCGGGGUCGGUGAAUGCGUUACCAAGUGGCGCGGGCGCACGGCUCGCACCUUCCUUCGACGCGGCCACCCCGAGGAACGUCACCGCGCUCGUUGGCAAGUCUGCCUACCUCAGCUGUCGAGUGCGCAACUUGGGAAAUAGAACGGUGACUGCUCUGUCAUCGAACACACACAAACCACCUCAGAAAUUCCUAGCACGUCCCAUCGCAAUUAGGAGUACGUGUACUAAGCACCGUCGUUGCGGAGGCCGGGACCCGCGACUGCGACUAAUUGCUCGCGAUAAUUGUGCGACGGUCGCUUCCUGCCGCUUCGCUUGCCGCCGCUCUUUCCGCUCAACAUCGAGCGGGGAAAGGAAAGAACGCGUGACUGAUCAUGAAUUUCAUAUGGUGCUUUGA